UCGCGCGGCACGGGUAAAACCUGGAAUCCCACUGACGUUUCCACCUCCAGGAAAACAUGGGAAUCCCGGACGCCAGCCAUUGGCUGAGACGAAAAGUGGGCGUGGCGUGAUGGGAGCAAACUCCCUGGAAGGAAGACAGUGUGCAUUUGAAGAGUUUGCAGAAAAGGGAGAGACAAAAAGAUUUUGGAGGGAUCUGUGGAUCUUUUGCACUGCGAUCACAUGUGCAGAGAGAAGAAUGGCGUCAAAGUCUCAACCGAAACUGUGUCCUCCUUCCAGGAGAGAAAACCGAUUUGGAGUAGACGAAGUUCUCCAAAAGCUUAUCAGAAGGAGAAUAAAGAUACCAGUGACUUUUGAAGAUGUGGCGGUGUAUUUCUCGGAGGAUCAGUGGACUCUGUUGGAUCCAGAUAAGAGAACCUUGUACAAGGAAGUCAUGAUGGAGAACUAUGCAAAUGUGUCCGCCUUGGGCGAGGAGCUUGGCUGUCCGUUUGAAGGCAUUCUACUCCCCAAACCUGAACUCAUUUCCUGGCUGGAACAAAGGAAAGAGCCAUGGGUGCAAGAUCUGCAGGAAUUAAAUGAAAUUGAGAAUGUCAGCACUUGCUCAGGUGAAGAUAGGACAAAGCAUCCCUACAUACUCCAUGGAAGAAACCUCGUUCAGAAAUCUAAGCGUGCAGAAUGCUCUGGGAAAAAAACGUAUAAAUGUCCGGAAUGCCAGAUAUGUUUUGCUGAGGCAGCAGGUCUCCGGACCCACCGGAGGGUCCACAGGACAGAGAAACCUUGUCAAUGUAUGGAAUGUGGGAAGUGCUUUCCUUGGGAAUCUGAACUUCGGAGGCACCAGAGAAUUCACACAGGGGAGAAACCCUAUCAAUGCUCAGAGUGCGGAGACACGUUUGGUUGGAAGUCACACCUUGUGAGGCACCAGAGGAGUCACCAGGGUUUCCAGGCCAGAGAUAAACCCUAUCAAUGCAGGGAGUGUGGGAACCAUUACACCCGGAAGGAAAAUCUCAUUGUCCACGAAAGAACCCACACGGGCGAGAGACCUUAUAAAUGUCUGGAGUGUGGAAAGUGUUUUUUCCGAUCUGCGAUUUUUAUCCGACACCAGAGGCUUCACAUGGGAGAGAAACCGUACCAGUGCUUUCAGUGUGGAAAGUGUUUUGUUCGUAAAACCUGUCUAACAAAGCAUGAGAAAGCCCAUGAAGAAAAGGAAUACUAUCAGUGCUUAGAGAGUGGGGAAAAUUUUGCUCGUAAAUCCUGUCUUUUGAACCCUGGGAAUGUCCACCCAGGAAAGCAGUGUGGGGAGUGUUUUGAUGUUUCUUCAGCCUUGGAAAGACACAAAGGAGUCCACAUUGGACAGCAAGAGGGGUGUUAUGAGACAGUGUUUGCCUAGUGCUGUACCCAUUUAUGAAUUAAACAUUUUUGAGGCAACCGUGAGGAACCUAGGAAGUUCUGCUCAUGUGUUUCAGAAAUCAUCAAAAUCAAAAUGUAUAUUCCUUUUUUGUGGAAUUGAAUAAAAUGUUAUGAGUUUGGAAACAAAAUUUUGAUUUAUGUUUAAAGAGCUACAAUGAUUUCAAUUAAAUAAACACUGUUACCGUAACAAAGAUAAAAA